AUGGAAGGAAAGUUAUCGCGCGCAGCAAAGAAGAUUGCUCCCUCUUCCAUUCGAGAACUCUCCCAACUCGCUCAGCAAUGCAACGCCAUCAACCUCGCCGAGGGCUUCCCGGACUUCCCCGCCCCUCCCCUCAUGAAAAACGCUGCCGUUUCUGCAAUCAACUCUGACUUCAACCAGUACAGGCACGUGCAAGCUUUAUGCGACAACUUGGCCAAGAUGUUCAAGGAAAUGCAUGGUUUAGAUAUCGACCCUCUUACGGAUGUAGUUAUUUGCUGCGGUCAAAGCGAGGCCUUUGCAGCUUCAAUCUUUGCAACAAUUGACCCGGGUGACGAGGUCAUACUGUUCGACCCUUGUUAUGAAUCAUAUGAAGGAUGUAUUACCAUGGCCGGGGGAGUUCCUAUUUACGUGCCACUUGACCCGCCUCAAUGGAAACUGGAUCCAAUCAAAUUCUUCGGAUCAUUUAAUGAGAGAACUAAAGUCGUAGUACUGAACAGUCCUCACAAUCCUACUGGCAAAGUUUUCACAAAAGAUGAACUUGAGAUUAUUGCUGGAGAAUGCUGCAGCAGGAAUUGUCUGGCUAUAACCGAUGAAGUAUAUGAACACAUAACGUAUGACAACCUGAAACACAUAUCCCUGGCCUCAUUGCCUGGAAUGCAAGAGCGGACUAUUAUAACAUCUUCUUUGUCCAAAUCAUUUAGUGUUACAGGUUGGAGGGUUGGAUGGGCAAUUGCACCAGCUUUUCUUGCGUCUGCUAUAAACAGGAUUCACCAAAGAGUUACAGAUUGUGCCCCAGCACCUUUUCAGGAAGCUGCGUUGAGUGCUCUGAGAAGUCCUCCUGAAUACUUUGAAUCACUUCGAAAUGAUUAUCAAUCAAAAAGAGACUAUAUCAUCAAUUUGCUAGGGGGAGUAGGUUUUAAGAUUGAAUUUAAACCUCAGGGUUCCUUCUUCUUAUUUGCUGAGCUUCCUGACAGUUGCCCCCAGACAGAUGUAGAAUUUGUCAAAAAACUAAUACUAGAAGCAGGGGUAGUGGCUGUUCCAGGACGAGGAUUUGUCCAUACAAACUCCUCAUCAUCAAAUGAAGUUUCUAACUACCAGAAGAGAUACAUCAGGUUUGCGUUCUGCAAGCGCGAUGCAACUUUGACUAUGGUUGCAGAAAAACUGGGUAAGCUUUUGGAUGCUAAAGGGCAUCUUGCGCUACAUUAA